UUAGUAGAGACAGGGUUUCACCAUGUUGGCCAGGCUGGUCUCAAACUCCUGACCUCAGAUGAUCCUGAAAGCAACAAGAUGGUGCCUUCCCCCUUUUCCCCUUCCUUUGCUUGAGCGAUACCAGAGGUAUCUAGUCAAAAUAGCAGGUUUAAAUAAAAUCCGGUCUCAUAACAUAAUACUCAAAAUAUCUAGGUUUCAAGUGAAAAUCACUCAUCAAGAUCCAGAAAGAUCUCAAACUGAAUGAGAAAUAAAUGGAUUCCAAUACUGAGAUGAAAGAAAUAUUAGCAUUAUCAAGGAUUUUAAAGCAACAAUCAUAAAUAUACUCUAAUGAGCAUGCUUAAAACAAAUGGAAAAUUUAAAAAGUUUACCAGAGAAAUAGAUAGUCUCAGCAAAAAAACAGAAAUCAAUACUAAGAACAUCUCUCAAAACCACAUAAUUACAUGGAAUUUAAACAACCUGCUCCUGAAUGACUUUUUGAGUCAACAAAGAAAUUAAGGUAGAAAUCAAGAAAUUCUUUGAAACUAAUGACAAUAAAGAUACAACAUACCAGGAUUGCUGGAACACAGCUAAAGCAGUGUUAAGAGGAAAAUUUACAGAGCUAAAUGCCCGCUUCAAAGUUAGAAAGAUCUCAGAUUAACAACCUAACAUCACACCUAGAGGAACCAGAAAAAUAAGAGCAAACCAACCCGAAAUCUAGCAGAAGACAAGAAAUAACCAAAUCAGAGAUGAACUGAAUGAAAGUGAGACACAAAACACCAUACAAAAGAUCAACAAAACCACAAGUUGGUUCUUUGAAAGAACAAAUAAAUUUAAUAGACCACUAGCUAGACUAAUAAAGAAAAAGAGAGAGAAGACCCAAAUAAACACAAUCAGAAAUGACAAAGGAGAUAUUACCAUUGACCCUGCAGAAAAGCAAAAAACUCUGAGAGACUAUUACAAACAACUCUAUGGACACAAACUGGAAAACCUAGAAGAAAUGGCUAAAUUCCUGGAAAUAUAUAACCUCCAAAGAUUUAACCAAGAAGAAAUGAAAAUCCUGAAUAGACCAAUAACAAGUUCCAAGACUGACUCACCAAUAAAAAGCCUACCAGCCAGAAAAAGCCCUGGAACAGAUGACUUCACAGCCAAAUUCUACCAGACAUAAAAGGAGAGCGGAUACCAAUCAUACUGAAACUAUUCCAAAAACUUGAGGGAUUCCUCCCUUACUCAUUCUAUAAGGCUAACAUCAUUCUGAUGCCAAAAUGUGGCAAAGCCACAAUGUAAAAAAGAAAACUUCAGGCCAAUAUCUCUGAUGAACAUAGACGCAAAAUCCUCAACAAAAUACUAGCAUACUGAAUCCAUCAGCACAUCAAAAAGCUAAUCCACCACAAUCAAGUAGGCUUUAUUCCUAGGAUGCAAGGGUGGUUCAACACAGGCAAAUCAAUAAAUAUGAUUGAUCACAUAAAAGAACUAAAAAAACCCCCACAUGAUUAUCUAAAUAGAUGCAGAAAAGACUUUUGAUAAAAUUCAACAUCCUUUCAUUUUAAAAGCCUUCAACAAAGCAGGCAUUGAAGGAACAUACCUCAAAAUUGUAAGAGCCAUCUAUGAAAAACCCAUAGCCAACACCAUACUGAACAGGCAAAAGCUAGAAGCAUUUGCCUUGAGAACUGGAACAACAAAAGGGUGUUUACUCUCCCCAUUCCUAUUCAACAUAGUACUGGAGGUCCCAGCCAGAGCAAUCAGGCAAAAGAAAGAAAGAAAAUAAAUCCAUAUAGGAAGACAGGAAUUCACACUAUCUUUUUUGUAAACAAUAUAAUUUUAUACCUAGAAAGCCCCAUAGUCUCUGACUAAAAGCUCCUAGAUAUGUCUUUUUAAAACUUCAGCAAACUUUCCGGAUGUAAAAUCAAUCUACCAAAGUCAGUAGUAUGUCUAUGCACCAACAAUGUCCAAGCUGGGAGCCAAAUCAAGAAUGCAAUCUCAUUCACAAUAGCCACAAAAAAAGUAAUAAAAAAACUUAUAAAAGAAUACCUAGGAAUACAGCUAAUUAGAGUGGAGAAAAAUCUCUACAAUGAGAAUUACAAAACACUGCUGAAAGAAAUCAGAGGCAAUAAAAACAAAUGGAAAAACAUUCUAUGCUCAUGAAUAGGAAGAUUCAAUAUUGUUAAAAUCACCAUAUUACCAAAAGCAAUUUACAGAUUCAAUGCUAUUCCUAUCAAACUACCAAUGACAUUUUUCACAUAAUUAGAAAAACUAUUCUAAAACUUAUAUGGAUACUCCUUCAACAUAAAUAAGGUUAAAAUAAAUAAAUAAGUAAAUAAAAUAAAACACAUAUGAAACCAAAAAAUAGUUCAAAUAGCCAAAGCAAUCCUAAGCAAAAAGGACAAAGCCAGAGACAUCAUAGUACCCAACUUCAAACUAUAUUUCAAGGCUACAAUAACCAAAACAGCAUGGUGCUAGCACAAAAACACACACAUAGACCAAUGGAACAGAAUAGAGAGCCCAGAAAUAAAGUCACACACCUAGAACCAUCUGAUUUUCAACAAACCUGACAACACAAGUCAAUAGGAAAAAGGACUUCUUAUUCAAUAAAUGAUGCUGGGAUAACUGGCUAGCCAUAUGCAGAAGACUGAAACUUCACCUUUCUUUUCCCCAUACACAAAAAUCAACUCAAGAUGAAUUAAAGACUGAAACGUAAAACCUAAAACAAUGAAAACCCUAGAAGAAAACAGAAAAUAUCAUUCUGGACACAGACCCUGGCAAAAAUUUCAUGAUGAAGAUGCCAAAAGCAAUUGCAACAAAAUAAAGAUUGACAAAUGCAACCUAAUUAAAUUAAAGAGCUUCUGCAUAGCAAAAGAAACUACCAAGGGAGUAAACAGACAACCUACAGAAAGGGAGAAAAUAUUUGCAAACUAUUCAUCUGACAAAGGUCUAAUAUCCAGAAUCCAUAAGGAACAAAUCGAAAGUAAAAAAAAACCCAAAUAAAAAAUGGGUACUCCGUGCCACUCCCAGUCACAGCCUCCCGUGCCUUGCUCAGCUCCAACAUGGCAAAAAUCUCCAGCCCUACAGAGACUGUGCGGUGCAUUGAGUCCCUGAUAGCUGUUUUCCAGAAGUAUGCUGGAAAGGAUGGUUACAACUGCAAUCUCUCCAAGACGGAGUUCCCAAGCUUCAUGAAUAAAGAGCUGGCUGCCUUUACAAAGAACCAGAAGGACCCUGGUGUCCUUGACCGCAUGAAGAAACUGGAUGUCAGCAGCGAUGGGCAGUUAGAUUUCCCAAAAUUUCUUAAUCUGAUUGGUGGCCUAGCUGCGGCUUGCCAUGACUCCUUCCUCAAGGCUGUCCCUUCCCAGAAGUGGACCUGAGGACCCCUUGGGCCUGGCCUUCAAACCCACCCCCUUUCCUUCCAGCCUUUCUGUCAUC